UCUGGAAGAAUGCAUCUUGUUGUAGUUUCUUCAUUAAUCGCCGAAAUUGCUAGGAUGAGUCUUUUGGGUGCACUUUUACCUUUGGAUGAGUCUAAAGCCUUGAAACGGAAGUUGAAUGAGGGAGAAAUGAUCAUAGAUGCUGGCAAUAAUCCGUUUUAUGUGUCUGAGCAUGGAAAGAAUCCGAAGGGAACGAGGAAGAUGAGGUAUAGUAGAGAAAAAGGAAGUGAAAAAUCCUUCAAGGACUAUGACCCAGAAAUUCUUCCUCGCAGUUGCCUUCUUCUGAUUUUGCUUUCCGCUUUUAGUGGGACAUUAUUUUUUACUAAUUCAUGCAAAGAAUAUGAUAUUCAGUUGAAUCGUGCGACAAGUGGUGCUGCAACAAGGCCGGGUUCUUCGUGCUUGGUUAACGGAAUUUCUGUUCUGAAUUCAGAUAUUAAGCCACCUGGAUGUACACCUCCUCAACAACAAAAAGACAGAUUGAAGGUACAAUUGCGAGGGAUAAAUCCAUCAAUCAACUGUUAA